UGGGAGCGCAGCACCGGCUCAGUGCCCUUUGGGCCAAUUUGGGAGUUUUUCUGCAUCCCUCGUUGGGAUCCCGCCCCAGGGCAGCACUGCACCAUAAAAGGCAAAGCGCUGGGGACGUGCUGGGAUGGAGCCCAGUGCCAGGCACCCGCUCCCCCCGUGGCCGAGCUCCUGGAGCCCGCUUGGCAACGGUAGCCACAUCCGAAGGGAAGAACUUUUGAGCUCACAGCACUGUUUAGAGAAGCACCCAGCACAUCCGUAGGGAUUUUUGCGAAGUUAUGCUUUGGAGUCUCCUAUAGGAAAAUUGUUUCUGAGUGUGGCUGCCGUUGAGCCCCGCUGUUAAUGAUGCCACAGAAACUCCCUUAGCACUGAGCCGUCCCUGCGUUCACUGCAGCCGGCCCGGCCCUCCUGGGGGCCCUGCGCCAGCACUGCUGCGUCCCAGCGAGCAGCAGGCGGGCGGCAGCUACGGGGUGAACCCAGUGCUCCUGCUAAAGGGUGACCCUGCCCUGACGUUGGGCCUGACCCCAAAAUCACUGAGAGCAGAGGGGAGCGAGGAGCUGUGACUGCUGGGGAAAGGAGGAGAGAGCCUGGAGGAGGAUGCGAAAGGAGCGCUGCCCAUAAAGCACCAUGGGGCAGCACGUGGUGCGGUGAUGGGCACUGCGCAAGGAGCGACCCCGGGCCCAGCGCUAGGAGCUGUGCCAUGCCAGCGGGCAGCCACGAGGUUGAGAAGCCCCCACAGCGCCAGCACUGAGCAAGGAGAAGGCAGUGAGCCCUGGUGGAAGCGAGGCGCUGAGCAUGGCAGCCUCCACCUGGCAGUCCUGUGGAUAUUUACGGGAUGACACAAGCCAGGCACGAGGCACAGACUGCGCCACGUCCCGGGGAGGUUCGGCAGUAGCACGGCAGGAGUGCAGCCCACAGCCUCUCCAGCAGGGCCUGGGUGCCACGAUCCGGGCACACUGCCCCACCAUGAGCUCUGCGGGGAUGGAAGGAGAAAGCCCUCCGAAGGUGUAUGAGAUGCAGGUGGGGCAGUGGCGGGCCGGCAGCGGGCGCACGGUGAGGCCGGUGGUGUACAGGCUGGAAGAGAGAGAGUAUCGGCGGCUGCUGAAGGAGGCAGAAGAAGGCCCCGAGGAGGACUGGGAGCCUGAGAAUGAGGGGCUCGGACCGCAGGAGGGCUGCCCAGGGAAUGGGGUGACGGCGAGCCCCAGGCUCCAUCGGAUUGAUGUCCUGCGGGGAGCCCCACUGAUCCGCUCGUACUCGGAGAGCAGCGUGGAGCUGCGGGUGGCGAGCAAAGCACCGGACUGCCCCACGGAGGGUGGCAAACCCCGCGUCCCUGCCAGGUCAGACAGCUUUGAGCUGAUGGAUUACAUCCUGCAGAGCAGGCAGGAGGCGGGGGCACCGCUGUCCCACAGCCCCCGAGACGGAUUCAUGCAGGUGUUGGGCUUUGCACCGUGCCAGAACGGAGAGGAUGGGCAGCUCACAAAGAGCCGGGCGGCGAGAGAUGCUGGUAAGCUUACAAGGCAGAACAGCACCCAGAUGCCAGAGAACAAGGAAUGGCUUGGAGCAGAUGUGGAUAUGGAGAUGCUGGAGUCAUACAGCCAGAAAAAGUCACCUCCGGCCCCACCGGCCAGGUCACACAGUAAGGAGAGCCUGGCACUGAGCAUGAGCAAGACCGUAGCACUGAGCGAGGCACUGCUGGAGCCCUGCAGCCCUGCGGCCCGGCCAGGGGGGAAGGAGCCAACAGGAGGGGGCCCAAAGGAGCAGGGGAGGAAGAGCGAGGAGGAGGAGGAAGAGGAGGAGGAGAAAGUGCUCAAAGUUGCCGAUGCGAAGAAAACCUUUGAGAAGGCGAAAGCAGAGGGGAAGGCAGCAGCUAGCAGUGCCCGGAAAGCACCUUUGGCCCAACUUGAUCCUAGACAGCAGGGAGAGAAACAGAACGAGAUGGCAAAAGGCUUCCAAACUGGUUGACUAAUG